AACUAAGUCCGCUUCACCAACAGAUGUCGACAGCUACUGUUCUGAGUUAAAGGGUUCAGGAAGCGGAAGUCUCUGCAGUAGUGCUUGAUUUGUGUUUGGGGAGUUGUUCUUACAGUGUUUGUGCGAAUUUUAACUUAUUUGUACAGUGUUUAAUCAAUGUUUCAUUAGUGAAGAUGGCAGCAGCCCUCCCCCCACAGUUAAAACAAAUUCAACAUCAUUUACGGACUGGGCAGGAACAUGAGAAACGGGACCCCGUUGUGGCUUAUUACUGUCGUCUCUACGCCAUGCAGACAGGAAUGAAAUUGGACAGUAAAACCCCUGAGUGCCGCAAGUUUCUUGUGAAAUUAAUGGAUCAGUUGGAGACGAUGAAGAAAGAGUUAGGUGACAAUGAGUCGAUUUCUCAGGAGCUGGUUGGCCAUGCUCACAUUGAAAAUUAUGCUUUAAAAAUGUUCCUCUACGCAGAUAAUGAAGAUCGCUCAGGACGGUUUCACAAGAACAUGAUUAAGUCAUUCUACACUGCAAGUCUCCUGUUAGAUGUCCUCUCUGUGUUUGGAGAGCUCUCUGAAGAGAACUUCCAGCACAGGAAGUAUGCUAAAUGGAAGGCAACAUACAUCCACAACUGUCUGAAGAAUGGAGAGGCGCCGCAGUCAGGGCCAAUUGGAAUGGAAGGGGAAGCAUAUGAUGAUGAAUAUGAUGUAGAACAUGGUGCAGCCUCUCGGCCUUCUCCGCAUGUGCUUUCCAAAGAGGAUCCAGAUGCCAACACUAACUUCUCAAACCUACAGAUCCCACCUGGAGCACAUGCACCUGCCAACACCCCAGCUGAGGUACCUCAUUUCACAGGUGAGCCUAGUAACCCAGUUCAGCCUGUUCCACGAAACAUCCCUGUGGUAGAUCCUUCACUGCUCAAUGCAAUGCAACAGGGGGAGGUCCGUCUGACACCAGAAGAUUAUGCUAGGGCUCAAAAGUACUGCAAAUAUGCUGGAAGUGCUCUGCAGUAUGAAGAUGUAGGCACGGCUGUACAGAAUCUGCAGAAAGCACUCAAGUUACUCACUACAGGCAGAGAAUGAAGCCUUUGUCUUCAGUGUCAGUAUCUGGCCAAAAGAACUAAGCGCCCAUUACUCUACCCUCAGCUAUAUCAGAAGAAUGCAAUUCUGUUGAAGCCCUCAAAUUGUAAACGACAAUGAAAGCUGUGUCUUCAUAUCGGAUUCCUGCUGUAAUAUUAAUCAGCAGUCAUGUUACUUUUCCAUAGAAUGGAAAGAGAGCUGUUUGGAAGCCAUGUAUUAGCUUUUAGGUUAUUGAUGUUUAUAACUAAGGAUAUUGUAAACAGAAUAAUAAACUAAAUAGGAAAGACAAAAGUGUAUCGGAGAAAAUCCAUUUAUUCUGCAUGUCUAUUUGCUGAUUGCUGUGUCUUUACCUUUAGUGUGCUCUUAAAGACUAGAUGAGUUAACUUCCUCUUUACUAAAACUGCCAAAAAAAAGAUUAUUUUGAUUUGUCAUAUGUCCUUACGUAAAUCUAAUGGUUUUUCUGUUUGCAUAUGGAAAUGUUUCAAAAUAUAAUUUCUGUGGUGGCUGGUUUCGGUUAUGUCACUAUCAUAUGUUUUGUGUUUAUUAACAUAUUUUUAUUAAACACAUGUCAUCUAAAAUUUGGUUAUUAAUUUCGAAAAUUCCUUAAUUUUCUUUAACCAAGUAAGGUUUUUCAGGGGGUGAUAGCUUAAUGUUUUAACUUCUCAGUACACCUACACAUUGUGAGUUUGCUCAGCUUGCUGUAUGCUGCUGACAUAAAUGCAGACCGUUCAUAGCAUUUCAUCUGGCAUGGUUGGAAAAGCAACAGGAUUUGUGGAGGUAAGGAAAGAAGAGCUAAGAGGAGAUCCUUCAUCAGUUUGGGGUGUACGUUUUUGAGAAUUGGCACUCCAUCAGUCUCCUUGUGCCUACAGUAUGUAUAUGAUACGUUGUCUGUCCACAUACACUAUCAGAAAAAACCUCUAAAUUAAUGAAAGUAAAAAAUGUUAAUGUAAUUAUAGGUUAAAUAUAGAUUUUUAAAAUAAAAAGCUACUGGAAAAUGCAGUUGCAGAUGUAUACAUAAAACAAUACCUUUUAAAGAAGUGUGGGGGACAACAUUUUGCAUGUUGCUCACGUUUCUAUCAAAGUUUUCUGGAAUUUGAAAUACUGUAAAUAAACAUGUACAAAAAUAUACAAAACUAACACAGCUUUGGGAGAUCUGGGCUGCCCUUAGCUGCCAAAAUUUGAAAUAUCAGUUAAGUGAGAAGAUGGGGAAAACAGAAAAGUUGAAUAACACCGGUAGGCAUUGCUAUAUGUUAUUGAACAGAUACUACUGGUUUAUUUCAAAACUUUUAUUAUUUUUUAUAGUACUGCAGUACAUGAACAAUAUGUCCAUGAUGCAGCUGAUUAGAACUGGCAAAGAUUGUGCAAAAACUAAUAUUUAACGGUAUCUACUAACUUGCUUUUCACCAAGCGAGGCCUGUAUACUGAUCAGUGAAAUGGUGGAACUGCUUAUACCUAAGUAUACAGCAUCACAUUUACAUUUACAUCUAUACUCUAUUUUGAGAGUUUAUUUCAGCACUGACGGGAUAUGUGUGUUGUAUGUUGCAAAUAUAACUUGUUUUCUCACAAGAGAGUUGAUGAGAACACUGCUCUGACAGGUCUUGUUAAACCUGAGUAACCUGUUUUGGCUUUGCUGUGACGUACAGUGAGUCAAUAUUGUAAACACAUCUCAAGCACCCAAGAGUCUUGUAAUUUUGCUAUAAUUUUCCUGUCUGGCACAGAGUGGAAAAUCAAGUACCGGUAAUGAGGUGAAGUCAAUUAUGGAAGCUUUCCCUUUAGUGCAGAAAGUUAAUCCGGUAAACAUGCUCAAGUAAAGACAGUUUACUCAUCUAAACAGACAUAGCAAUUUAUCACGUAGUCCAUGAAAAACAUUGAUUAAAACAUUUUAUUAGAAAAAACUUGAUGCAACCUAAAUUAACAGUUACUGAUAAGUGAACUUUGGGGUUUGUGGAUUUUUAUUUAAACUUCUCAAAUGUAUUGGCUCUAAUACCGUGCAGAUGACAAGAAGUUUAAUCAGAUAUGUUCAAAUUAUAGGUCUUCCAGGGUGUUUUUUUUUUUGUUUGUUUGUUUGUUUGUUUUUUAAGCCACUAUCUUGUGAGAUGGUGCAGCAAAUCAGGUAAAAACUGAAGCAGGAUUGAAAUACAGAUGUGGAAAAGGAACAGUAAUGCAUCAUUUAGGAGGAUCAUUCACCACUAAGUAUUGGAUAACAAAAAAAUAUAAACCAUAACACAUUUUAGAAAUCAUCUUUCUAGCAAUGUAAUGUGUUGUACUGGAAAUACUGUAGUAGUCAGAUUGAUUUGAAAGUGUUCUGACUAUAGAACUCUGUGUGGUUUCAGGUCAGUGCUUCGGUUUUAAAUAUAUGCCACCCAAAAUAUAUAUUUUAUCACACCACCAAACUGUUUAAUUCUAAUAAUACUAAGACGUUUUGUUAAAAUGCUUAGGUGCUAGUUUUACAAGAUCGGUUUAAAAAGGUAGCAUUCUAUUUAGCUUGACAGCAGAAAUGUUUGUUUAAAGACCUAUGGAAAGUUAAAAUAAGGCCAAAUAAAUACAUCCUACCAAAACUAUCCCAAUUCAUAUGCUUGUAUGAAGUAUAUUAGAAAAUGUACUGAAAAAUCUGCAGUAGGUUUGUCUUGUAGAAGAAUCCAUUACUUAAUUAAUAAAAUGUGAAGAAAGCUAAUUAUGUUUCUUUAUUAGAUUGUAUAUAAUAUACAAACAGUAUGAGAGAGAGUACUAUCCAUGGUAUUAACCUUUUCAUUUAAAAUGCCAUGCAGAAUACAGGUAGAAUAAUGCUUUGCUUUAUAUGUUUGGUAUGCAAAAGAAACCAGGACAAAUCCAUACAAUAAGCCAAAAUGAUAUAAUACAUUUUGAGGUCAAUUCCCGUAGUGAUUAUGUUCUAUGGCUGCUACAUCCCAUUCAUGUCUGUUAUAUCACUGAGGCCUUAAAUGUCAGAAAUAUACUACCAUUUAUAAUACAACUUGAUAUAUGUGUGAA